AUGCAGGAUGAAGAUGGAUAUAUCACGUUGAAUUUUAAAUCAAGGACAUCAGCCAUGACUUCAGGACUUGCAGUUGAACCCAGUGUUUCUCCUGUGUGGCGUACAAUGGCUGUAACGCUGCUGUUCCUGUGCCUAGGGUUGACAGCUGGUCUGGUGACUCUAGGAAUAAUGUCUCCCCCAGUCUUCAAACAAGAUUACCUUCAUACUCAGAAUGGAAAUCUCUCAGAGAUUCUCCAGAAAGUAGCAAAAAACUUCUGUCAAGAGCUUAUUCAAAAGCCUAUGGGUCACAAAUACAACCCCUGUGACACCAACUGGAGAUAUCAUGGAGACAAAUGCUAUGGUUUCUUCAAACACAAUCUGACAUGGGCAGAGAGUAAACAAUAUUGUGCUGAAAGGAAUGCCACUCUUCUGAAGAUAACCAGCCAGGAUACUUUGGAUUUCCUCAAAGGAAGAACUGUUUAUAUUCGCUGGAUUGGACUGUCCCGUAAAAACUCUGAUGGAAUCUGGAUUUGGGAAGACGGUUCACCCCUCUCUAAGAGUGUGUUUAAGCUUUUAGUUAAUGGAGAAGAUCAGCAUUGUACCUAUUUUUUAAAGGGAAAAAUUUAUACUUCACUCUGUAAUGACACACAUUACUUAAUGUGUGAGCGGAAGACCAACACAGUGAGGAUAGACCAACUGAUUACUGGAAAGACAGAUGCAGAAGAAUGA